AUGGCUGUCGCGUCCAUUCAGGAUCGAACCUCCGAGUUCAAGUCGGUUCUGGCACAAGCUCAGAAACGCCAGAAUGCGAACAAAGUCGGAUCGCAGCGGCGGUCGCUUCUGACUGAUGCUCAGAAAGCCGCCGCAGAUGGAUCCGCACAACCGAAGAGAUCAGAUUUUGCGAGGAAGGCUGCCGAAAUUGGCCGAGGCAUCUCUGCGACUAUGGGGAAGCUCGAGAAGCUAGCACAACUGGCCAAGCGACGGACCAUGUUCGACGACCGACCCGUUGAAAUCAACGAACUUACUUUUGUCAUCAAGCAAGAUCUUUCUGCCCUCAAUCAGCAGAUCGGAGGCCUGCAAAGUCUUUCAAAGCAGCAACAUCCCAAAGCUGACCAAGAAGGCGAGCACAACAAGAACGUCGUGUACUUGUUGCAAGGCAAGCUCACCGACGUCUCGGCCAAUUUCAAGGACGUGUUGGAGGAGCGGACCAAGAACAUUCAAGCGUCAAGGUCGCGAACCGAAAACUUCAUCUCAUCCGUGUCGCAGCAUGCACAGCCAUCCAUUCAGAAGUCGGCCUCACCCCUAUACGGCACGCCCAAUCGAUCCUCACCGGCCCCCGCAUCCGACACGCUCUCGCUCAACCCGAUCGGCGACCAGCAACUGUUGAUGAUGGAAGAAGCCCAGCCUACAAACGUUUACAUUCAACAAAGAGGAGAGGCCAUCGAGGCCAUCGAGUCAACGAUUAACGAACUGGGCAGUAUCUUUGGACAGUUGGCAACCAUGGUCUCAGAACAGAGCGAGAUGAUUGAGCGAAUCGACGCCAACACAGACGACGUCGUGGACAAUGUCGAGGGCGCUCAGAGGGAGCUUUUGAAGUACUGGUCUCGAGUAUCGAGCAACCGGUGGUUAAUAGCCAAGAUGUUUGGCGUGUUGAUGAUUUUCUUCCUUCUCUGGGUGUUGGUUUCCGGCUAG